UUGUUCAAGGCAAAAAGACAAAAAAAGCAGCACAAGUAAAUGAGUCAGAGAGGUAGAUAGGAUAUGUAAAUGAUGGCUGAUCCUCCUCCACAAGUCAUCCUAUAUAAACACUCACAUGUUCCUUUGCACACAGAAGAAGACAAGGAGAAGGAUGGGCAGGUCUCAAUGCUGUGAUAAGGUUGGCAUCAAGAGAGGUCCAUGGACGCAGGAAGAAGACACCGUACUGGUAUCCUACAUACAGAAGCAUGGUCCUGGGAAUUGGAGAUCAGUGCCUGCUAACACCGGUGAAAAGUUUGAUGAGAUGCAGUAAGAGCUGCAGAUUAAGAUGGACCAACUACCUCAGACCAGGAAUCAAGCGUGGCAACUUCACUAAGAGCGAAGAGGGAUUGAUCGUUCAUCUCCAAUCUUUGUUAGGCAACAAGUGGGCAGCCAUAGCUUCUUACCUUCCUCAGAGAACAGAUAAUGACAUCAAGAACUACUGGAACACCCACCUGAAGAAGAAGAUCGAGAAGCAUCAACUCGCAACCACUGGCUGCACCACUUCAUCUGAUUCAAACAACGGAUGCCCUGAGAUCAUGACAUCAAGAUGCCACAACAACAAUGCAAGUGGGAAUUCUUGUCACUCUAAUCUCCCUUCAUCCGAUCUAAGCUCCUCAUCAUAUGCUUCGAGCACACACAACAUCUCGAGGCUUCUCCAAGGAUGGACGAGGUGCUCUCCAAAGGUUAAACCUACUGCUCCAGAUCAAGAUCUAACGUGCCAUGGGAUCCAAAUGAAGGUUGAUCAGGAGAGCUGUCAUCCUCUCUUCAACGAAGAGCUUAAACAGCUGCUCCCUGCUUGGGAGGAACCAUCAGCAGAAGCCUCAUUUUAUGGGUCUCAGUCUACCCCAGCUUGUGCUGACGGAAAGAAAAGAUUCGACGCUCAAAACCCUCCCUUGGCAGCGCUGGAGAAUUGGCUUCUUGAUGAAGCUGCAAGGCAGGUAGAUCUCUCAGUGGGGUAUAUUGAUUCCAUCAGCCAUGCCUUCAUCUGACAAUCCACUGGUCAUGCAACUGAUACAAAAUACAUUAAUGAGGGUCAAAAAGUGUUUUCUACUUGGUGUAUGUGCUAAGCUAAUGUGCAGCUUUGGUUCUUGCCUCAAAUGUAACAUAGUGAAUGAAUUUUCUGUAUGAUCUCAGAUAUAAUAUGAAGACUGAACUCAGAUGCAUCAACAUGUGUCAUUUUCUCAA